CAUCAACUGUUUGUCUUUUUGAAAUAUUUGUCUGGUUGAAGCAUAAUUGUUAAAAAAGGAUCACAUAAAAAUUCGCUUGAAUUCAAGAAUGCCAUGAUGUUCAUUUAAAUCAUAAAAAUCUGCGUAAGAUGUAUGAAAAGGCCUCUCCUUUACAAUAAAAAGUGUUUAAAUAAGCCAAAGUAUGAAUCAGGGCUUGAUUCAAACAUUAUUGAUUUGUCCAUUUAUGAUCGUAUAUAGAUUCAUAAUGGUUUUCAAGCGAUGUUUUUAAAUUAAAUACAAAACGGUGGCGUUAAAAGUGUUGUGUAUUAUUUCCUAAAUUAAGAUAAUUAUUACGCAUGUUUUGUUAAGUGAACAAUAGCCUUGUGGGAGAUCUUCAAUUAAGUUAAUGCAAGAUGCUUACAAUUUUUAUUUUUUACUCCAGUUAAUGUGUAGAAUACAGAUAUAAAAAGGAGAAAAGGAGUUUUUUGAUGAAAAAAUAUUUAUUGUGAAUAUUGAAAUAUAUUUUUCUAUUGUAAUAAGUUAGUAGCCAGAAGGCAUAGAUUAUUAGUGAAAUAGUAAAUAUAGAUCUAUUCACUAUGCUGGUGGGAGCGGAAUAAAAACAUCAGAUGUGCUUUAAGAAAUCAAUUUCCAAUGUUUUGUAUGGAUUAAGUGUUGCUACUUAAAGCAUUUAUAAAGUGGUGUCAUAAAAAGUGUUAUGUCUAAAUUUGAACAAAGACGCCAACAGGUUUUGACACCAGCAUUAGAAGGUAGUAAACCUAUUCGGCCCAGCAAUUCUCUCGUUCCUUACGGAUAUAGACCAUUUUCACAAGGAGACAGAGGGCCUGAUCGUCCUUUUACUCAAGAAGGACGUGAGCCUCGUGGACUUCGUGGCCGUCCAUUCACACCUGGUGGGAGAAACAUUAUGGGAUCGUAUCCAAGAGGAUUUCAUCCUGGAGUGUUUAAUGGAUAUCCGUACAUGAAUGUAAUGCCAGCUGAGCGAGUUUCCGUGCCAACGUUGCUACAACGACCAAGAAUGCCAUAUUUGGGACCUCCUUCUCUUAUGCCACAGUGGGGUGGUUAUUCCAUUGGUCCACAGUAUUUUCCAGCCACCAUACCUAUACCAAUUAUUGUCAGGAAAAAAAUACCCCAGCCUAUCCAGAUUAAACGAGUGCCAAUUAUUUUGC